AUGCACCAACAAAUUAUCGACAACGCUUUGGGAGCUGUCGGCAACACUCCCUUAGUACGCUUAGACAAGAUAGCCGCUCAGCUUGGCCUGAAAUGCAAUCUGCUCGCCAAGCUCGAGUGCCUCAACGUCGGGGGGAGUAUCAAGGACAGAAUAGCCAAAGCCAUGAUCGAGGCGGCAGAAAGAGAGGGCAAGUUGAAUAAAGACAGUGUAAUUAUCGAGCCAACGUCGGGUAAUACCGGGAUUGGGAUCGCCAUGGCUAGCGCAAUAAAAGUGAAAAUAGUCUUCUUCUACAUGAAACAGUUGCUGAAUACUACAGCCAAGGGGUACCGAUGUAUUAUAACCUUACCCGACAAAAUGUCAGUGGAGAAAGAAGCUGCACUCCGAGCGCUGGGCGCUGAGGUUGUCCGUACACCAACAAGUGCAGCCUGGGAUAGCCCUGAGAGUCACAUAGGCAUCGCUAAGAAGUUGGAGAAAGCCAUUCCCGGCGGCAUUAUUCUGGACCAAUAUCGCAACAAGAACAACCCGCUUAUCCAUGAGCUGUCUACUGGGCCAGAAAUAAUCGAGGCGAUCGUUUCGACUCCCUCAACUCCGGAACGACCUUCAUCUGGUAAAGUUGACGUGGUUAUCUGUGGCGCUGGGACUGGUGGAACUAUAACUGGUAUCUCACGUGCAGUCAAGAAGACUCACAACAAGGAUUGCAUCGUGGUUGGUGUUGACCCGAAAGGAAGUAUCCUUGCGGUACCUGAAGCACUGAACGAGGAGGAUAAUGGAAAAGCCUACAUUGUUGAAGGAAUUGGCUACGACUUCAUUCCUGACGUCCUCGUUCGGGAUGAAGUGGACUCGUGGGUCAAGACCGGGGACGACGAAUCAUUUGCUGCCGUCAGAAGUUUAAUGAGGAAUGAGGGUCUCCUUGUGGGGGGGAGCAGUGGCAGUGCCCUUUGCGGUGCGGAGAAGUGGUUUGCGACAUCGAUUGGUCAGAAAGUUGGGCAAACAGAAGGCAUGAAUGUCGUUCUCCUGCUUGCCGACGGAAUCCGCAACUAUAUGAGCAAGCCAUGGUUCCUGGAUAUGGCUUUGCAUGCAGAGCCCUCCGACCUUUCCAAAAGCAUCGCAGACGUUUUGAAGCCAUAG